CUGCUGUCGACAAGCAAGUACACAAUGGCUAUCCUAGCUGGUUCAACGGGCGAAAUAUUGCAGAAUUUCCUCGCUGGUGGAGUAGCUGGAUGUUGCGGCAAAGUAACCACAGCUCCUUUGGAUAGAGUAAAAAUCUUAAUACAAGGUCAUCAUAGGUACUACCAACAUCUUGGUGUUUGGUCAUCAGUUGCCAAAGUCCUUGAGCAUGAAGGGGUCAGAGGUCUUUACCGUGGCAACGGUGCUAUGAUGGUUCGAACAUUCCCUUACGGUGCUAUCCAAUUUGUAGCGUAUGAUUGGUUUAAAAAGAAAACAAAAAAGAAGUUAUUAUCCGGUUCCCUAGCAGGUGUAACAGCGGUCAUUUUUACAUAUCCGUUAGACAUGGUUAGAGCGAGGUUAGCCUAUCAAGUACACGGAGAAUGUUUAUACACAGGAAUCCUCCACACAUGUCGUUCUAUAUGGCAUCAGGAAGGUCAAUUCAAAGCACUCUACCGAGGUGUUGGGCCAACUCUUGUCGGAAUGAUUCCAUAUGCAGGUGCUGCUUUUUAUUCCUAUGAAACGUCCAAGACGUACCUCCUAGAGAAGGGUCCCCUUAUCUUCUCCAAGCCCUCCCGAUCGGACCCUAAUCAGAGAGUUCUAACAGCCCAAGCUAACCUUGUCACUGGGGGACUGGCAGGAGCAGUGGCACAAACUAUAGUGUAUCCCUUGGAUGUAGGGAGGCGACUAAUGCAGCUUGGCUCCAUGGUUCCAAAUUCUAGCUCAACGAGUUCAUGUAUGGAGACCCUCAUCCUGGUUUACACAGAGCAUGGUGCAAGAGGUCUAUUCCGAGGGGUUAGCAUCAACUACUUGAGAGCCAUUCCUUCAGCCGCUGUGUCCUUCACACUUUAUGAGAAUCUAAAACAAUACCUUAAUAUCAACGUAGACAGUAGGUGAUAAACAGUGUUUUGUUGGCUCAGAACUAUAACGUCGUUAGUGAUGUUUAUAUGGAUUUCACAAAAUUGGGUUUGCAUAUUUGGAGCUUCUGGUAAAGUGGAGUUAAUUGAUCAAAAGUGAUCUCCCGAAGCAGUUGAUUGGUAAAAAGCAUUUGUUGAAUCAUCAAACCAGAGUGAACCAGUAAAGACCUGUAUUGUCAAUCCGGAGUCAAACUCUUUUGGAUUAUGCGUUCAAAGUGGUGCAAAAUUCUGUUCAAUCCACUAAUUAAAUCUGUUUGUGACAAGUUGGUUACCAGACCAGCCUUCGGUUUCACCAAACUCUUCCUAACUUAGGAUUAAUCUAAGGACUUAGGACGGGUUCGAUUCCGUAUCUAAAUGCCUAGGACGCAUUGAACCCAUCGGAAGUUAGGACGGGUUACUCGUCCUAACUCGAGUUAGGAUUAACCCUAGGGUUUCGUGAAAUGGGCUGCAGGGCCCAAUUUCAUAGAGCUGCUAAGAAAAUAGUGUUGAACACAUUUUUGCUUGGCAGAAAUGACACCAGACACAGAUAAGAUACAUGUGACAUUGUAUUUUGGCUGAUAACAUAAACCUGGUAAGCAUCAUUUUGUUUUGCGUGGCCACUUUAUUGUGCUAACAGCUCGUUAUGAAAUUGCACCCAGAUCAAAGUAGUUUUAACCUGUGGAAGAUAUUUGCUGAAACCAGUUUGCACCCUGGGCGGUUUCUAUUAAUUUUAACAUUCAAAUGACCAAGUGGCGACAUUUUAAUGGAGUGGGCAUGAUCAAAAGCGUAGCCUAUACAACUUGUAGACUUAGUUUAAGACCUGGGAUUGUGAUUUUUUUUGUCUACGUCAUUUGAUGUCAGGAAACCAUAAAGGAAAAAAACACUUUUUUUGGUUUUAAUAGUGCCAAGUAAAAUUGUUUAAGGAAAACAUGAUGUCUUCCCUUGGCUCAUAAACGCCAGACUAUCAGAAUAUGUUGAAUUAAGCUGAGACAAGGCUGAACCAUUCCCAUGGUUGUCAACGUUUUAAUUUUUGUUCUUUUUCCUAUUGUGUUACAGAAUAUAUUAUGUCAAAGAAAAUAAUAAUAUAAUUAUUAUAUUUGGAACAAAGAACUUCUAAAGUGCAAUGUAAAUUAUAAAAAGCUUUUUUUUUAUAUAUAAAGCGCUAUGCUGUGAUAUUUAAUAUCAAUAUGAAAUAAAAACAA